GAAAUACAGGUGUGGUUGCUGUCUGGGGUUUCUACCACUACUUAAAGUAUCAUUGUGGAUGCCAUGUUGCUUGGGGUGGUUCACAGCUUAAAAUACCUAAACCGUUACCUGUAAUUUCGGCUCCUGCUCACAAGAUGAAAUCAAAAGACAGGUUUCGCUAUUAUCAAAAUGUCUGCACAGUCAGUUACUCUUUUGCUUGGUUCAACUGGACACAAUGGGAAACUCACAUUGAUUGGAUGGCUUUGCAUGGCAUUAACUUCCCUCUUGCUUUCACUGGACAAGAAGCUAUCUUUCAAAGAGUGUUGAUAAAGUUGGGAUUCUCACAAGCUGAUAUUGAUGGUUUCUUAGGAGGCCCAGCUUUCCUUGCCUGGUCUCGUAUGGGGAAUAUCCAAGGUUGGGGUGGUCCACUGCCACAAACCUGGAUCAAUGACCAACUGGCUCUGCAACAUCGCAUUCUUGAUCGUAUGAGAAAGUUAGGCAUGAUCCCUAUUUUGGCAGGGUUUGGAGGUCAUAUGCCAGCCAGCAUCACUAAACUCUAUCCUAAUACAACAGUAACAAAAUCACCAAACUGGAGUAGAUUUAAACCACCUUAUACUGGUAUUUACAUCAUAGACUUCCAAGACCCCAUGUUUAAUACAAUUGGGAAGAUGUUAAUUGAAGAGACCAUUUCGGAGUUUGGAACCAAUCAUGUUUAUGCUGCAGGAACAUUUAAUGAAAUGAGACCAAAGUCAAGUGAUCCAUCCUACUUGAAAAAGUCUGGUGCUGCUAUUUAUAAUUCCCUGAUUGCUGCUGAUCCUAAAGCUAUUUGGUUAAUGCAAGGAUGGCUUUUUCAAGAUGCAAAUUUCUGGAAACCUCCACAAGCUAAAGCUCUUUUAACUUCAGUUCCACAGGGUCGUAUGAUUGUCUUGGACUUGUUUGCUGAAGUUAGUCCGAUGUGGAAACGGCUUGAUUUCUUUUAUGGCCAACCGUUUAUCUGGUGCAUGCUCCAUAAUUUUGGUGGCACAAUGGAUUUAUAUGGUGACUUGGAAAGUGUCAAUGUGGGUCCAAGAAAUGCACGUUCUCCUGCAAACAGUUCAAUGAUUGGAACAGGACUCAGCCCUGAAGGGAUAUUCCAGAAUUAUGUAAUGUAUGAGUUCUUGUUAGAUAAAUCUGUGUCAAUGGAUUCUUCGGUUCAGAACAUCAGUAAAUGGAUUUCAGGUUAUGUGUCAAGACGUUAUGGUACCACAAAUCAGUUGAUUGACUCUGGCUGGCAAUUGUUGCGAUCAAGUGUUUACAAUUGUACCACUGGUAUCUCAGAUGGUGGAUGGAAUGUGGUUUAUGUACAAAGGCCCAAACUAAUGAUUCGAAAAGAAGUACUAUGGUAUAAGCCUGAAGUAUUGUACAAAGCUUGGGACCAUUUUGUUGGUAGUUCCAUGUCCAUGGAUUCAUCCCUCUUCCGAUAUGACUUGGUUGAUGUGACUCGAAACAGUCUUCAGAUUCUUCAUUAUUUCCUCUAUAAGAAAAUGGUUGAAAACUACAUCACAAGGGAUCUGAAUGCAUUUACUGGCACGAGUCAAAGUUUGUUAUCUCUGCUUCUAGACUUAGACACACUGUUAUUGUCAGACCCACACUUUUUGCUUGGGAAAUGGCUUGAAGAUGCCAAAUCUCUUGGCUAUAUAGACCAAGAGAAGAAACUUUAUGAAUAUAAUGCACGAAACCAAGUAACACUAUGGGGACCAGAUGGAGAGAUCGUUGAUUAUGCCAGUAAACAGUGGUCAGGUUUAUUGAAAAAUUACUACUACCCUCGAUGGAAGUUGUUUGUGGAUAUGUUAAAGGCUGACCUCACUAACACCACUUCAUUUAGUCAAGCAAAAUAUGAUCAACAAGUACUGGAAACAGUUGAGAAACCCUUUACAUUUGACCGUUCAACUUUCCCCACAGAACCACAAGGUGACAGCUUGAAACUAGUGAGGAAUCUUUAUACCAAGUACCGACCAAUAACAGUACAACUUUUAAAUGAAAAGUCCUAUUACUGAAUUUCACUUCAACCUGAUUGAUUGCUUCUAAACUUUUGUGGUAAAAAUUUUGUUGAAUUACGAUCAAAUAUAAAUAUUUUUGUUUGUUUGGAGAAAAUUAUUUUGAAAGUAAAAUUGGGAGUAAAAUUUUAAAACAAUAAAUUUAUUCAUAUAUAUAUAUAUAUUUGAUACAUUUUGGAAUAAAAUAUUUCAUAUAUUUGGAAAUAAAAGUCAAACCAUAAAUCUA